AUGGCUCGAAUGAAGCAAUGGGUCGAGAAGCUCGAGGUGCCGUCGGAGCCUGGGCUGACCAACACGCAAUUAAUGUUGACCAACCAUGAUUUACGGCCAGUUGAACCCGAACGUCGCCAAUGGAGGUGGUACAAUUUUAUUGCUUUUUGGAUUGCAGACUCGUUGAAUAUUAAUACCUGGAUGAUCUCCUCGUCCAUGAUUGUGGAUGGACUAUCGUGGUGGCAGGCCUGGCUCUGUGUGUGGGUGGGCUACUUUAUGGCCGCGUGUUUUGUUUGCUUGACCGGUCGCAUCGGCGCGGUCUAUCACAUCUCCUUCCCUGUGGUCUGUCGGUCUACAUUUGGUAUCUGGGGAUCCUUCUGGCCUGUGUUCAACCGGGCGGCCAUGGCGGUAAUUUGGUACGGGGUCCAGGGCUACAUCGGAGGUCAAUGUGUGACCAUUAUGAUCAGCGCCAUUUGGCCCAGCUAUGCAAAUUUGCCCAACACUAUUCCCGCAAGCUCCGGAGUCGACACGAAGGGCUUUGUGAGCUUCUUCCUCUUUUGGCUCCUCUCGUUACCCGCGCUUUGGUUUCCCGUCCACAAGAUCCGACAUUUGUUUACCGUCAAGGCAAUCUACUCCCCCAUUGCGGCCAUUGCCUUCUUCGCCUGGGCCAUCAGCCGUGCCAACGGUAUUGGGCCGAUUGUGCACCAACCCAACACCGUGCACGGCAGCACACUGGCCUGGGCCGUGGUGAAAGCGAUCAUGAGCUGCAUGGGGAACUUUGCUACUCUAAUUGUCAAUGACCCCGACUUUUCGAGAUUUGCAUACAAGCCCAAGGAUGCCCUGUGGUCCCAGCUGUUUACCAUCCCCGUAGGCUUCGGAAUCACUUCUUUCAUCGGCAUCAUCGCGUCGUCUUCGUCGGCUGUGAUCUUCGGAGGUGAGAUGGUGUGGAAUCCUCUCGACCUCCUGAACAUGUUCCUAGAAGGAGCCAGCUCUGCCGAGCGCUUUGGCAUCUUCGUGAUCGCGACGGGGUUUGCUUUGGCCCAGCUCGGCACAAACAUCUCGGCCAACUCGGUCUCGGCUGGUACCGAUAUGACCGCGCUGCUGCCCCGGUACAUCACGAUCCGACGUGGUAGCUAUGUCUGCGCCGCCGUGGGCUUAGCCAUGUGCCCGUGGAACCUGGUUUCCUCGUCCAACCAAUUCACCACCUACCUCUCUGCCUAUUCCAUCUUCCUGUCAUCCAUCGCUGGACCGAUGCUAUGCGACUACUACGUUGUUCGCAAGGGUUACCUACAAGUCAAGGACCUGUACUCGGCCCGGAAGGACUCGCCCUACCGAUACGUAUACGGCUUCUCCUGGCAGGCCUACGCCUCCUACCUGGCGGGCAUCCUCAUCAACAUCGUCGGGUUCGCCGGCGCCGUCGGCCGCACCGUGCCCGUAGGCGCCCAGUACAUCUAUAACAUUAACUAUGUCUCCGGCGUGACCGUCUCCUUCAUCCUGUACUAUAUUCUGACCCGUCUUUUCCCGGUGCCGGCCACCAGCGAGACCUGGAACGAGGUUGACGUGGACGUCGACAACCUGUCCAUCGCCUACGGCGAGGAAGUCGACUCCUACCCAUACGAAGUAGACGCCGCCCCGAAGACGGACGAUGCCGGAUAUGCAUCGUCUCCUGAUCAAAAGGGAGCCAAGGCGGGAUCUGCCGCCGCCAUUUGA